CCUCUUUUUAAUGGUGGUGUCGUGAAAGCAAGAUGCCAGGUGUCAGUGUAAAAGAUGUUAGUCAGCAUGAGUUCGUCAAAGCUUUUUCUGCCUUCCUGAAGAAGUCUGGAAAACUGAAAGUGCCAGAGUGGGUUGAUCUGGUUAAGACUGCUAACUACAAGGAGCUUGCCCCAUAUGACCAAGACUGGUACUACACACGGUGUGCUUCUGUAGCGCGUCACAUAUACAUUCGCUCACCUGUCGGCGUUGGAGCACUCAUAAAGAUCUAUGGAGGACGUAAGAACAAUGGAACGAGUCCGAGCCAUUACUGUGUUGCCUCAAGUAGUAUUGCACGAAAAGUUCUUAGAUCUUUGGAGGAUUUGAAAAUGAUUGAAAAGGAUGCAGCUGGAGGCCGUAGGCUAACCAGCCAGGGGCGACGAGACUUGGACAGGAUUGCAACCCAAAUUAAAGGGAAACUGCCGAAGGUUGAAAUUCAGUAGAAUACUGUAAAUGCUGAUGUAAGAAAAUAAAAAAAUAUACCGAAUUUUAUUGUU